CAGCUCCAGGUCAGGUUAUACUUUGUCAAGACAGGCCUGGAGUCAGCUGUGCUUUAUUUCAGCUUCGGCACAGCAAAGUGUGGAAGGUGAUGCUCCAGGCAGCGAGGUGGGCGCCUCUGUGGACCCCAGCAGCGGCUACAGUUGCGUCCCAGUGACCCACAGCGGCGGGCUCGGCCACGACCACCUGGACAGCCAGUUCUACGGGCACAUCUUGCUGCCCGGCCACCAGCGGCCCCGCCGACCCAAGCUCCAGCACUCCCAGUCCAUCCUCCGCAAGCAGGCCGAGGAGGAGGCAAUCAAGCGCUCCCGCUCGCUGACGGAGAGCUAUGAGCUCUCAUCAGACCUGCAGGACAAGCAGGUGGAGAUGCUAGAGCGUAAAUAUGGUGGGCGUUUCAUAACACGGCAUGCAGCCCGUACCAUCCAGACAGCCUUCCGCCAGUAUCAGAUGAACAAAAACUUUGAGCGUCUGCGAAGCUCUAUGUCUGAGAACCGUAUGUCCAGACGGAUCGUCCUAUCCAAUAUGAGAAUGCAGUUUUCCUUUGAAGGACCUGAAAAAGUCCACAGCUCCUACUUCGAGGGAAAGCAGGUCUCACUAACAGAUGACGGCACCAAAAUCGGUGCACUGGUGCAGUCAGAACAUGGUGGAGAGAUGGGGGUGCAGGCCAAGACCCCCACUACACAGAGUGACUUUACAGACGCUAUCACAGAACUAGAAGAUGCCUUCUCCAGACAGGUCAAAUCUCUAGCUGAGUCCAUAGAUGAUGCUCUAAACUGUCGCAGUCUGCAUGGCGAUGACUCUGAGCCAGGGAGAGGUCACCAGGAUAUGAACAGAGAAGUCGUCUGCCAGGUGAAACCCUCCCACAACGCCUCAGAUCACCGCAAAUUGGAUGAGAUGACGGCUUCCUACAGUGAUGUAACCCUUUACAUCGAUGAAGAGGAACUGUCACCACCCCUGCCUCUAUCUCAGUCUGUAGACCGACCCUCCAGCACAGAAUCAGACUUGCGUCACCGCUCUCUCAACUCCUCCCAGGAUUACUGGUCUCUAGCUCAUAAAGAUGAUAAAGGGGACACUGACACCAGUUGCCGCAGCACACCUUCCUUGGAAUGCCAAGAGCAGCGUUUGCGGGUAGACCACCUACCCCUACUCACCAUUGAGCCUCCCAGCGACAGCUCGGUGGAGCUGAGCGAUCGCUCUGAUCGCAGCUCUUUGAAAAGACAGAAUGCCUACGAGCGAAGCAUCAGCAACCAGCAGAGCCCAAAAAACAUCAGCCAUGGUUUGCCGCCCCGUGGGCCUUCCAGAGAAGAGGACGCUUCCCGCCAUCGACCGCGACAACUGGAGGCUCACCUGGCCAUCAACGGAACUGCAAACCGUCAAAGCAAAUCAGAGUCUGAUUUCUCUGACGGGGACAACGAUAGCAUCAACAGCACGUCCAACUCCAACGACACCAUCAACUGUAGCUCUGAGUCCUCAUCCAGAGACAGCUUGAGGGAACAGACUCUCAGCAAGCAGACAUACCACAAAGAGACACGCAACAGCUGGGACUCACCUGCUUUUAGCAAUGACAUCAUCCGUAAAAGACACUACCGCAUUGGCCUCAACCUCUUCAACAAGAAACCAGAAAAAGGCAUCCAGUAUCUGAUAGAGCGAAACUUUGUCCCAGACACUCCUGUGGGUGUGGCCCACUUCCUGCUUCAGAGGAAGGGCCUGAGUAGGCAGAUGAUUGGCGAGUUCCUGGGUAAUAGACAGAAGCAGUUCAACCGAGACGUCCUAGAUUGUGUGGUGGAUGAAAUGGACUUCUCAGCUAUGGAGCUGGACGAAGCUCUCAGGAAAUUCCAGGCUCACAUCAGAGUCCAGGGAGAAGCGCAGAAGGUCGAGCGGCUGAUCGAGGCCUACAGCCAGCGCUACUGUAUCUGCAACCCUGGUGUGGUGCGACAGUUCAGGAACCCCGACACCAUCUUCAUCCUGGCCUUUGCCAUCAUCCUCCUAAACACGGACAUGUACAGCCCCAACGUCAAGCCUGAGAGGAAGAUGAAGCUGGAGGACUUUGUUAAAAACCUUAGAGGAGUGGAUGACGGGGAGGACAUCCCUCGAGAGAUGCUCGUAGGAAUAUAUGAGCGGAUUCGCAAGCGGGAGCUCAAGACUAAUGAAGACCAUGUGUCUCAGGUUCAAAAAGUGGAAAAACUCAUUGUAGGGAAAAAGCCGAUUGGCUCUUUACAUCAUGGUUUGGGCUGUGUGCUAUCCCUACCCCACCGGAGACUGGUGUGUUACUGCCGACUUUUUGAGGUGCCCGACCCCAACAAACCACAAAAGUUAGGCCUGCACCAAAGGGAGAUCUUCCUCUUUAAUGACCUCCUAGUGGUGACUAAAAUCUUCCAGAAGAAGAAGAACUCAGUGACGUACAGCUUCCGGCAGUCUUUCUCACUUUAUGGCAUGCAGGUGCAGCUCUUUGAGAACCAGUAUUAUCCCAAUGGAGUUCGCCUGACCUCGGCCGUUCCGGGAGCUGACAUCAAAGUCCUCAUCAACUUCAACGCACCCAAUCCUCAGGACCGCAAGAAGUUUACCGAUGAUGUGCGAGAAUCGAUUGCUGAAGUCCAAGAGAUGGAGAAGUAUCGGAUAGAAUCUGAGCUUGAAAAACAGAAGGGCGUGGUGAGGCCAAGCAUGUCCCAGAGCUCGGGGAUGAAGAAGGAAACAGGAAACGGCAACCUGGGUCGAGUGAGCCUCGACGACAGCUACGCCAUCGGUGAAGGCUUGAAGAGGAGCGCCCUCAGCAGCUCCCUGCGUGACCUCUCCGAUGCAGGCAAGCGUGGGAGACGCAGCAGUGCAGGAUCACUAGACAGCACUAUGGAAGGGUCCAUCAUUAGCAGCCCUCACAUGCGGCGGAGAGCCCCCUCCAGCCGAGACUGCCCGUCUCGCCACAGUGGCCAGUCGCUGCCCAACUCCUCGUCUCUGCUUGGAUCUUUGUUUGGCACGAGGCGCGUGAAGUCGCCCAGCCCCACCCCUCAGCCCCUGCACCCCACCCUCAUCUCCCACAGCCCGCACCCCACCAACCUGCACCACACGGCCCGCGUCGAGGCCGACAUGCCGGGCUCAUUGCACCCACACCACGCCCAAUUCUGCCACAUCACCCAGAACCCCCCGCCUUACAAUCACCACCACCACUACCACCCGCCAGCCCACUUGCAGCACCCUCCGCACCAGUUCCACCCGGCCCCGUCUCACGGCCAGCAGCCGCCGUAUCCACCUCACGCGCAGCACAGCCACGGGAGCCACCCAGCGCACCCUGCCCACCCUGCCCACGGCCCCCACCAUCACGGCCCACCCCCACCACCCUCCCAGGCCCCCAGCAGCACCAAGCCCAAGCACAGCGGCAUCAGUACAGUUGUGUAAGGCGCAGGGGGCGGGGGCUCACUCUGGGCUCUCUGACUGAACUUUAAUUUGUCCUCCAAGGCUCUCGGCUGAUAAGACGGUUCUCACUGUGCAUCACUGGUCUGGGGAUGUAAAGCCAGACAACAUCCUACGUCUCCUUCAGCAUUUUUCGUCACGCUCAUCACUGGGACAGUUUAUUCAUCACAUUUGUUUUGUCUCAUUCCUUCCGUUUCAUUUCAAGUAAAUCACGUCGGUCUGUUUCGACAGCAGCAGACAACAAUGCAAGAGCAUGCACAAAGACCACAAGUCCUUUUCCGUCACAAUUAAUCUCAGAACAUGAUCAAAUAUCUCACUUACUAGUAUUUUACACAAGAAGUAAAUAUUGUCUCCAAAGUGAUUUUAUCUCUCUUGUCAGGCUGGUUGGCUGAACACAGACAGACAGACAGACAGACAGACGGUGGGUCAGCCUCAGCAGUAGCUGUAUGAGUAUUUAAUGUAGCCGUAGCUCCAGUGCACUGUGAUAUCUCUGUUAGCAGUGAUAAUUGUGCCAAUUAUUGAAGCAUUUACUAAUUUAGUCUCAAAGAAACGCUUUAUGUAUAUUGUGCAUAGUAUUUUGUAAAAUAAUAAUAUCAGCUGUUAUUAUAAUUAUAGCUAUUAUUACGGAACAAAUGGCAUCAAUUAAAACUCUCAGUAUUACACUCGCACAUAGGGGGCGUAGUCUCACACUUCUGAAAUCAAUCAGUUUGAUUAUUCAGUAAUCCACCACUGGAACACUAGUGGAACUGGUUGCCUUUGAGUUCGAACUUGGGAUUGUUGACGGCCAGUGCUCACCUGCCUGCGUACAGUCUCAUCCUCAUCCACGUACCUCAUUGGUUCAUUGGAGUCCUGUUUGCCGCUCUGGAAACAGGAAGCCACAGCGAGCUGCUGAGAAAACAGAUUCACCUGAAUGUCCGACCUCCAGUACCGGCUGCUUGUGCGCCGUCAUUUUAUUUUUUUAACUAUUUUUUAAGAGUCCGAUAUAAAAAUACGAAAUGCUCUAUAUUUUCUGUUCUACCCCGACCUGGUAGGAUUCUUCAGGUCAGCUCGGCAGGAGGAGUUUUUUUGAUGAAGUCUGUGAAGCAGGGAAACAGCAUCAUGACUGUCCAAGUGUUUCUCCUGAUGUGGAAGCUCUCAGCUGGCUGAGUGUGCCCUGUCCGUCUGUAGUUCCACUGUGCUUCUCCUGAGCAGCCGUCGCGACGUGCAUCGCUGUUCACUCCCUCCAUCGGACUUUUCCUCCGAGUCAUGUGGAUGCCACAGAAAUCAAUAAUUAUCACUCUGUGAUGGCGGCAGCUCUCUUACGCUUCACUCACCGCAAAUGGCAGUUUUAUAUCAAUCAUGUUUCUGACAUAUUAUGGGAUGGCUGGUCGAACCCAGGGUUCCUGUGCACGGUAUCUGUUGUGUGUGUGCAGAGUGGAGGCAGAGGGCCGGUGUCGAGAGAAUAUUUUUCUGUUGACAGUGACGCAGACAGCACUUAUUUUACCUAGUUGAUAUCAAUGGCAGAAGCUAGUCUGUAUCUGCUUAAAGACUACGAGAUGGGUGCUUUUAUUUGUGCAAUAUGUAUUUACUUUUUAUGUCUCUGAGCAAUUGCAAACUGGUGGUUGUUCCAUUUUGUUUAGUUCUGUUAGUUUUGUCGUUUUACCCCCGCAGUCCUUUGUCAUUUCUCCCAUCUAUGUAUCAGCGAAGUGCAAGUGUCCACACUGAUCUGAAAGCACCGGAGCCUCCACACGAAAAAGAAUGUCAAACAAAGUAACUGCAUGUAACAAUGUACUGUUCAGGCAAUUUUCUGACUGUUGUGUAUUCCCAAACUAUAUCAGAGUUGACAGUUGUGAAAAAGGAAUGGUAGAGUAGUUAUGGCUUCUUCGAUUACAGUUAACAGAAGUCAACAUAUUUGUGUCCCUUAUGGAGGAAAACUGAGCCUGAAUCAGCUCCUAAUCCACAAAGAGUAGUUUCAUGGAUCUGAGUGUACAACAGUAGUCAGAGGCGGAACGUUCUUUGCCAACAGAAAUUUGUGUUAUCCUUUAUACAGCUGGUGUGCUGACAGAUGUGCUCUGCCAUCUGGGAAUCAGAGAGAGAAUUGACCGACAGUGUAACAAAAUGAACUCUCUUAUCGUUAUAUUUAUCAUCUGUCUCUGUCAAUGUCUCUCCCAUUACUGUUGUCAAGUGACACCCGUUCUUUAAGAGGCCCACAUCUUUCCCCAAGCUUUCCAAGGUACCACCUUCUUAUAACCCUUCAUAAUCCGUUUAAAAUAUUGUAACUAAUCUAAUUAAUCUGUUAAUUUAUUUCACUGCCAAUGCUGAUCGUAGUUAAUACGCCUUUUACUGCUGCUUCCUACAUUUACAAUAAGCCCUUUACAAAAACACAUUUUUGUUCCCAAACAAAACUCCCUGAGCUGUUAUUUAUCCUCCAACAAAUGUUAGUAAGUCAUCUACCAUUUUGGAUUCUAACUUCAAAUGAUGCAUCAAGUCUGCAGUUGAAAAGUUAUAGUAUGAGAUUUUAGAUAGGGAUCUUCAGCUGUAUUCCUGAAGUUAAAAGUGUCCUGUGGAGUUUUUGACUAUAACUUAGUUAACUAUAACUAACUCUUAGCACUCUGGUGCAAUGUUUAUACAAGUGAGUCCCCCGUUUUGUUCGUCUACUCACUAAACAUCACAUGCUGGGAUGCUUGAGGAUCUAAGUGGAGUUCCACUUCUGAAAAGCAAUUAUUGGAUAACACUGUGUCAUAACCUGGUGUGUUACUGAACUAUAAAGCAUUUGUAUUUAGUUCCCAACAAAGAAAUUAUUGGUUACAGCUUAUGUAUUCUUUAUAAAUGGUGUCUUAUUAGGAAGUGGUACCAUUUUCAGAAUAUAUAUCACAAUGUAAUUUUUAUUUUGCAGUACUUCAUGUAUCGCCGAUGCAUCAAAUAUAACUCGUUACUCAUAUUUUAAUUCAAUGCAGUCAGGAAAGUGCCAGUGUUACAUGGUCAUUACAUUUCGAAUCAGUUUUAUACCAAAUUGAAUCGACCAACCACAACGCUUCAUUUGACAAAUUCUGUCAUCAGAGCAUCAUCUGAUUAUCACUGACUAGUGUUUAUUUAGUAAUGGUGCACACACGAGCCAAGAAGGAAGCUAUAGCUUUAUUAAAUAUUGAUAGCCUAGUUCUCCAGAUGACGUCUCAUUGAAGUGUUCUCAGCAAUCACCCUUCAGUCCCCUGGAAAACUGAUCUAUUGUCAAACCUGUCCAGAGUCUGUGUGAGCUGCUUUGUUGCAUGCCAUUGAUGCCUACCAUUUCUUUCUUUCUCUUCUUUCCUUUUUUAUUGUUGUUCUCUCCAGCAGCGGCUUGACUAGACCUGAAACUCUCAUCGUAUAGUUUUGAUUUCUCUGUCUGAUGCUUGUUUACAUUUAGAUGAGCCCUGGCCUGCUGGUGUGUCUUUUCAUCACAAGUCGUGUCAUUCUACCCCGGCAUGCAUCUCACCUCUGUUCCCACUGUACAAUAUAAAGACGUGGCAGUACGCUGCUGCUGCUGAGUCUAAAUAACAAAAUCCAUGUUGGGAAACCUAAUGUAACUAGAUGAAGUAAAGAGGGUUUAACAGGGAGGGGACAUUUUAAAAGUGGGUGGGAAGUAAAGAAUGAGAAACCAUAUGUAAAUAGUCUGUAAAUUAUUAUCAUUAUUAUUAAUAUUAUUAUUACUACUACGACUCAAUGUCUGCAGUUACAUUGAAGGUGCAUUCCUGCUCCCCUUUGAUAUUUACAUAAUCAUCAAACUGCUUCUCUCUGCCUCCGACAGGACUGAAUUAUCAUAGGAUCUAGAGAUGAACAGCCAACUGUUACACAGUUAAAACGCCGCUUCUCACUUAUUCCCUGAGAUGCCCCUGUUGUCUCACACUCACAGCCCACUUUUCAAGUCAAAGGGAAGGGAGGAGUGCUCUUAUUUUAUUAUGCAUUCUGUUUCUAAGUAGACAAAACCCUAUUGAUGUAAAACUAGUACUGUGACGAUGUUGAGAACGCGAAAUAAAACGAUAUACUGUUAAACCUGA